UCCUCCAUCGUCGCCCGUCGUCCUAGCCCUCAUCUGUUGUGGCUUUCCGGCUCUACUCUGACUGUCCUGCUGAGGCCGGGCUGCCCCGGAGACUCGAGCCGCCUCCGCACCAUGGACAACUCCCGCAAGCAGGCAGAGGCGCUGGCGCUGCUGGCCGAGGCAGAGCGCAAGGUCAAGAACUCGCAGUCCUUCUUCUCCGGCCUCUUCGGAGGCUCAUCCAAAAUCGAGGAGGCGUGCGAAAUCUACUCAAGAGCCGCAAAUAUGUUCAAGAUGGCCAAGAGCUGGAGUGCUGCUGGGAAUGCAUUCUGCCAGGCGGCCCAACUGCACCUUCAGCUGCAGAGCAAGCAUGACGCGGCCACCAGUUUUGUGGAUGCGGGGAAUGCCUUCAAGAAAGCAGACCCCCAAGAGGCUAUUAACUGUUUGAUGAGAGCAAUUGAGAUCUACACAGACAUGGGCCGCUUCACCAUUGCAGCCAAACACCACAUCUCCAUUGCUGAGAUCUACGAGACGGAGCUGGUGGACAUUGAGAAGGCCAUAGCUCAUUAUGAGCAGUCUGCAGACUACUACAAGGGGGAGGAGUCCAACAGCUCUGCCAACAAGUGCCUACUGAAGGUGGCUGGCUAUGCUGCUCAGCUGGAGCAGUACCAGAAGGCCAUUGAGAUCUAUGAGCAGGUGGGGACGAAUGCGAUGGACAGUCCCCUGCUGAAGUACAGCGCGAAGGAUUAUUUCUUCAAGGCUGCUCUUUGUCACUUCUGCAUCGACAUGCUGAAUGCCAAGUUGGCCGUACAGAAAUACGAGGAGAUGUUUCCAGCUUUUUCUGAUUCCCGAGAAUGCAAGCUAGUCAAAAAACUCCUGGAUGCCCAUGAAGAACAGAAUGUGGAUGGCUACACUGAGUUGGUAAAGGAGUACGAUUCCAUCUCGAGGCUGGACCAGUGGCUCACCACCAUGCUCCUGCGCAUCAAGAAGACCAUCCAGGGGGACGAGGAGGACCUUCGCUAGCCCCCCCCCAGCCCGGCGGGCCUUUGUCCUCCAUCGUUGGGCUCCCCCUGACCCCCCCCCUUCAGGGCUAAGAGAUUGUAGGAUGGGUGGGAGGAGGGAGGUGUGGGGAGGCCCUGCCUGGAGGCCUCUACCCAGGGGAUUGAACCCCACAGCCAGAGGUCAGGAGGGAGGCCGCCGGAGCCUCGCCCCCUCCAUGCCCCAGCACAGCUGCACAGAACCAGGACUUCAGCCUAACCCUCU